AUGAAGAAAAUCGAUGAGGCUCUCAGAGAGUAUCAUACCCCACCACCCAUUCCGAGUACAAUUCCGGCAUCGACAGAACCAAAGUCGGAGUCUAAAGCGGAUAUCGGAGCACUUCAAGCUCGCGUGGCAGCCAAGCGCAUCGCUGAGUUUCGGAGAAGACAGAAGUUGAAAGCAGAUUGGGAGCGGGAAAUGGAAUCGACACGGGCUCAAAAACGUCGCGAGAUCCGCCAUUCGAAUGAUGCCAUGCACAAGACUCUUGGAGUCGCUGGUUUGUCUGCACAUGACCAUCUACGAAUUGCGCAACGCCAACGCAAACAGGAAGAAAAGAAGAAAGACAUCGCAGCAAGCCUUGAACGACAAAAUCGUUGGUACAACUGCACGGCCAAGCGUCCAGCUACUGCUCCAGAUCACAAACGACAACUAAACCGGCAACAUGGUCGAGCUAAGCAUGAGUUGGAGCGCUCAAUGGAACGGAGAAGAAAAACGAUACGAGCGAAUCAGCUGAAGCUACGACAAGAAGCCCAAGAAAUCAUCGCCAAGACGAGUGGGGCUUAUGUUCGCGCACCGUGA